AUGGACGAGGCUGUGAAAGCGUUCUCUAAACAUGAGGAACACUUAUUUUCGGACAGCGUCUUCGUGGUGAUGAUGUCUCAUGGGGAGUUGGGAGCCAUCAUGGGUGUCCAUUACAAGGAAGGGGACCCUAAUCUUGACAUCUUCCCCAUCAACAACAUCUUCACACACCUGAACACAGAGAACUGCAAAGCACUGAUUAACAAACCCAAAGUCAUCCUCAUCUAGGCCUGCAGGGGAGGCAAGGAUGGGUCUGUUUGGGUCAGUGACACAGUGCCUGGGUCCAGCCUUGACCAGGGGUUAGAGAGUGACUCAAUCAGGAGGGAGCACAAAGAGAAGGACUUCAUCUCCCUCCUGUCCUGCACACCAGAUACUGUGUCCUACAGAGAUCCAAAGAUGGGCACCUUUUUUGUCCAACACAUCAUGAAGACAUUCAACACCUAUGCAUGUGAUGAUCAUAUAGAAGAAUUGUUCAGGAAGGUCAUGGGACGCUUUGAAGAUUUCCCCAGACAGAUGCCGACCAAAGACAGAGCCACUCUAACAAAGCACUUCUACCUCUUCCCAGGCCUCUGAGAAGUUGUGAUGAUUGAUUAAUUGUACUGUAAUCACAAUGGAGGAAUAAGGGAGGAGCAUAUUUUCUGUUAUUUUGUAUGAAAGUGUUUGGUAUACACUCCUUUUAAGAUCAUCACCAGUAUGUUUUAAAUGUAUACCUAUGAUGAACCUUUUAACAUUAUUUUAUCUACAAAUAAUUUAUAAUCUGCAAAUUAUAAUAUCCUCCUGUAGAGCUACUGGGUAGCCUAUGUAGUCUUGUUCCAGC